CCAAAUGGAAGUCUGUCUGGUAUAUUUGAUUUGAUUCAUCUGAACCAUGUGAUACAAACAUUUUCUCCUUUCGUCUUUCACACUUUCUCUUUGUGGACUGCAUUCACAUAUAUAAUUAACUAUAUGCCUACAUUUCUUUCCCAUCCAUUGGAAAGCUGCAAGGAAAGAAACAGACAUGCAUGUCUGAUGCUCAGGGUCAUACGUAUAAUUUAUGACUGUGAAAAGGGAUCCCCUGAAGUCCCCAGUGUGUUAUGUCACUGCCCUCCAACUAUUUUUCCUGUGUUCAGAAGAGAGUGAAAUCAGAAUGCAGGACUGCACAUUAAUCUCCGCACCAGAUGGUGAUAUUCCAAAUAGUCUCUUUAAGGUGAGCAUGUGACCUACUGUAUGGCCGAGGGGCUUGGAGUCACGUGAUGGGAUGAAUAAUACGUCUGAUAGGGCUUCGAAUCAACAACUGACCUGGUUACCAUCUGGAACCACGAGAAACAAAGUUGACAUUUCUGGAUCACUUCCCCCAGAAGCGUCAUUUGCCCACUUCUGGGACCUGCAGACUCACUGGGAGACUGACACGCAGGGGCAGGCAGGAGGGAGCUGGGCUGAGCUGCUGGAGGCAGGCUGAAGUUGCAGAACUUGGGCUGUUUUUCUUCCUCCCCACCCCCCACCUCCCGACACACCACAUCUUGACUCAUAUGGUCGAAAGAAAAAGCUCUUUCGGUUAUUUGAUCUUUGGGAAACCUCCAGGAGACCGUAACUUAGUUUUGAGGACGCCUCCGUCUCUCCCUUUGCUGGGAACAGACACACACACACAGGCACACACACACACGGCUCUACACCAUGGUGGUCCAGGCUGCAGUGGCUCCGAAUAGAUCCCAAAGACUUUUACUGAAAAUUCCUUAUGGAUCUCUGAGAAGACGCAGCGUGGAGAGGAUGACGGAGGGCCGUCGAUGUCAAGUCCAUCUUCUUGAUGACAGGAAGCUGGAACUCCUAGUACAGCCCAAGCUUUUGGCCAAGGAGCUGCUUGACCUCGUGGCAUCUCAUUUCAAUCUGAAGGAGAAGGAAUACUUUGGAAUAGCCUUCACAGAUGAGACGGGACACUUAAACUGGCUUCAGCUGGAUCGAAGAGUGUUGGAACAUGACUUCCCCAAAAAAUCAGGACCAGUGGUUUUAUACUUUUGUGUCAGGUUCUAUAUCGAAAGCAUUUCAUACCUGAAGGACAAUGCCACCAUCGAGCUCUUCUUUCUGAAUGCCAAGUCCUGUAUCUACAAGGAGCUGAUUGAUGUUGACAGUGAAGUGGUGUUUGAAUUAGCCUCCUAUAUUUUACAGGAGGCAAAGGGAGAUUUUUCUAGCAACGAAGUGGUGAGGACUGACUUGAAGAAGCUACCAGCACUUCCCACGCAGGCCCUGAAGGAGCACCCCUCCCUAGCCUACUGUGAGGACCGGGUCAUUGAGCACUACAAGAAGCUGAACGGCCAGACCAGAGGCCAAGCCAUCGUCAACUACAUGAGCAUCGUGGAGUCUCUUCCAACCUACGGAGUUCACUAUUACGCAGUGAAGGACAAGCAGGGGAUACCGUGGUGGCUGGGACUGAGCUACAAAGGCAUCUUCCAGUAUGACUACCACGAUAAAGUCAAGCCAAGGAAGAUAUUCCAGUGGAGACAGUUGGAAAACCUGUAUUUCAGAGAGAAGAAGUUUUCUGUGGAAGUUCACGACCCACGCAGGGCUUCGGUGACAAGGAGGACGUUCGGACACAGCGGCAUCGCAGUGCACACGUGGUACGCGUGUCCGGCGCUGAUCAAGUCCAUCUGGGCCAUGGCCAUCAGCCAACACCAGUUCUAUCUGGACAGAAAGCAGAGUAAGUCGAAAAUCCAUGCCGCCCGGAGCCUGAGCGAAAUCGCGAUCGACCUGACGGAGACGGGGACGCUGAAGACGUCCAAGCUGGCCAACAUGGGCAGCAAGGGCAAGAUCAUCAGCGGCAGCAGCGGGAGCCUCCUGUCCUCAGGUUCUCAGGAAUCAGACAGUUCUCAGUCGGCCAAGAAAGACAUGCUGGCAGCCUUGAAAUCCAGGCAGGAAGCCCUGGAGGAGACACUUCGCCAGCGGCUGGAAGAGCUGAAGAAACUCUGCCUCCGAGAAGCGGAGCUGACAGGCAAGCUGCCGGUCGAAUAUCCCUUGGAUCCAGGGGAGGAGCCACCCAUUGUGCGAAGAAGAAUCGGAACUGCCUUCAAACUGGACGAGCAGAAAAUCCUGCCCAAAGGAGAGGAAGCUGAGCUGGAACGCCUGGAGCGCGAGUUUGCCAUCCAGUCCCAGAUCACAGAGGCUGCCCGCCGCCUGGCCAGUGACCCGAACGUCAGCAAAAAACUCAAGAAGCAGAGGAAGACCUCUUACCUGAAUGCACUGAAGAAGCUGCAGGAGAUUGAAAGCGCGAUCAAUGAGAACCGCAUCAAGUCUGGGAAGAAGCCCACCCAGAGGGCCUCGCUGAUCAUGGACGAUGGAAAUAUUGCCAGUGAAGACAGUUCCCUGUCAGAUGCCCUGGUUCUAGAGGAUGAAGACUCUCAGGUCACCAGCACACUGUCCCCCUUACAGUCCCCUCACAAGGGACUUCCUCCUCGGCCUCCGUCGCACAACAGGCCGCCUCCCCCCCAGUCCCUGGAGGGACUCAGGCAAACACACUAUCACCGCAACGACUAUGACAAGUCGCCCAUCAAGCCCAAAAUGUGGAGCGAGUCCUCUUUAGAUGAGCCUUACGAGAAGGUCAAGAAACGUUCCUCCCACAGUCACUCCAGCAGCCACAAGCGUUUCCCCAGCACAGGGAGCUGUGCCGAAGCCGGCGGGGGCAGCAGCUCCCUACAGAACAGCCCCAUCCGCAGCCUCCCGCACUGGAACUCGCAGUCCAGCAUGCCGUCCACACCCGACCUACGAGUCCGCAGCCCCCACUACGUUCAUUCCACGAGGUCGGUGGACCUCAGCCCCACGCGGCUGCACAGCCUGGCCCUGCACUUUAGGCACCGGAGCUCCAGCUUGGAGUCCCAGGGCAAGCUCCUGGGCUCGGAGAACGACACGGGGAGCCCUGACUUCUACACGCCACGGACUCGUAGCAGCAACGGCUCGGACCCCAUGGACGACUGCUCGUCGUGCACCAGCCACUCGAGCUCGGAGCACUACUACCCGGCGCAGAUGAACGCCAACUACUCGACGCUGGCCGAGGACUCGCCGUCGAAGGCGCGCGCGCGCCAGCGGCAGCGGCGGCGGGCGGCGGGCGCGCUGGGCGCGGCGAACUCGGGCAGCAUGCCCAACCUGGCGGCGCGCGGCGGCGGCGGUGGCGGCGGCGCGCACGGCGUCUACCUGCACAGCCAGAGCCAGCCCAGCUCGCAGUACCGCAUCAAGGAGUACCCGCUGUACAUCGAGGGCAGCGCCACGCCCGUGGUCGUGCGCAGCCUGGAGAGCGACCAGGAGGGCCACUACAGCGUCAAGGCGCAGUUCAAGACCUCCAACUCGUACACCGCCGGCGGCCUGUUCCGCGAGAGCUGGCGCGGCGGCGACGAGGGCGACGCGGGCCGCCUGACGCCGUCGCGCUCGCAGAUCCUGCGGACUCCGUCGCUGGGCCGCGAGGGCGCCCACGACAAGGGCGCGGGGCGCGCCGCCGUCUCGGACGAGCUGCGCCAGUGGUACCAGCGCUCCAGCGCCUCGCACAAGGACCACAGCCGCCUGUCGCACACCAGCUCCACUUCCUCGGACAGCGGCUCCCAGUACAGCACCUCCUCCCACAGCACCUUCGUGGCGCACAGCAGGGUCACCAGGAUGCCCCAGAUGUGCAAGGCCACGUCAGCUGCCUUACCUCAAAGCCAGAGAAGCUCAACGCCGUCAAGUGAAGUUGGAGCGACGCCCCCCAGCAGCCCCCAUCACAUCCUGACCUGGCAGACCGGAGAAGCAACAGAAGACUCGCCCAUUAUGGAUGGGUCUGAGUCCCCAGCUCACCAAAGUACUGAUGAAUAGAGGAGCUACAGUGAUAGCUGCUUCCUGGAUUCCUCCCUCUAUCCAGAACUAGCAGACGUCCAGUGGUACGGGCAGGAGAAAGCCAAGCCCGGGACCCUCGUGUGAGCCAGCCAGCCUCAAUCUGACCGCCUCAACGCCAUUCUGAGAUCACCUCACUGCCUCUCAUUUGCCUUACCCAGACACACACUGUCACCCUGCACCAGCUUCAGCCCUCAGCACUUUUCUUCUCCUGUCUCCACAUCCCCUCACCCUCAAAAAACCUGACUGAGGAGACAUUCUGGAAGGUUCCGGUCCCACUGUGUGUCCCCUGGCUCUCCUGUCCAGAGAGCCAGGCCCCAGUCCUCGAUGGCGCCUUGGUGGCUCCCCCCACCGUGACAGCCCCAGGCCAGGAACCAUCAGGGAAGCUGCUGGCAUCAAAUUCCUGUGGACAAGCGGCCUUGGUGGAGAACAGGAAGGGGGACUGAAGUACAGGGUGAUCCAGAAAGACGACGACAGCUGUGGCCAGCCCACCACCCGCAGGCCAGCCAAGCGCCUCGGGAAGAGGAUGCCUCGUGGGAACAUUCAGCUGAAAUUUCUCCUGGGAGGGAGUGGCUGUUGUGGGAGGGGGAUGAAAAAAGGAAGCUGAACACGUCAGAGAUGCAUAAGGAUCACAAUCAGUUCUAUGCUGCCAAAGAUUUUAAAAAUUCACAAAUAAAAACACAAAAAAAUUAAGAGGGGCCAAGAGGAAGACAUUCUUUCUGCAAUGAAAUCUCUGAAAUUCUCCACUGCUACCACACCCCACAAGUGAAAGUCAACUGUCUGUGAAGUGUUUCCCCUCUUUGUCCCUUAACAUGCCACCUCCCCUCUCAGUUGAGAGCCUGAAAAACUUACCCAGGGUGACGCUCAAGCUGGGGGAGCCGCAACGGGCACCGCUGACCUGAGCUCCGUGAGCCUGGGCCCGGGGGAGGGCAGGCCCGGGGAGUGGCAGCGUGCGCGCUCAGCCCUGUGCGGGGCUUCGGCCCAGACACAGGGCUGCUCUCCUUUGGGGAUUUGUAGGAAACGUAAGGUGAUGCUUGCCAAAAGCGGUUCUCUCUCAUUAAAACAACCAGUAAAAGUGUAUCCUAUUUUUUCGCACAA